UCUGGUGGCAGAGGGAAAGUUUCGCUGGCUUCGGGAGAGCACCAGGAGAGCCCCGGACCCAACGGCUGACAGAAUGACAAGCAGGGCUCCAAGGAGCAGCCAGCCGGACGCGGCGCGGAACACGCUCUGCAGGAGCCCCUUUCUCAGUGUCAAGUUCUUUGUGUUCUGCCACGGGCUGCUGCAGCUCUCCCAGCUCCUGGUCUCGGGCUACCUGAAGAGCUCCAUCUCCACCAUCGAGCGACGCUACGGCCUCUCCAGCCAGACCUCAGGGCUGCUGGCGUCCUUCAACGAGGUUGGGAACACGCUGCUGAUCGUCUUCGUCAGCUACCUGGGCAGCCGCGUGCACCGGCCGCGCCUCAUCGGCGGCGGGGCCCUGCUGGUCUCGCUGGCCGGCUUCCUCAUGGCCCUGCCGCACUUCAUCACGGGCCCCUACGAGUACGACCGCUCCGUGGCCAGCACCUUCAGCAACACCACGGACCUGUGCCAGCCCGGGGCCCCGGGGGCCUGGGCCAACCUGAGCGAUGCCAGCUGCACGCCCCUGGCCUCCAGGGAGAACCACGAGGUUCUCCUGGUGAUGUUCGUGGCCCAGGCCCUGCUGGGCAUCGGCGGCGUGCCCAUCCAGCCCUUCGGCAUCUCCUACAUCGACGACUUCGCCAGUGAGAGGAACUCGCCCCUCUACCUGGGAAUCCUGUUCUCCCUGACGGUCGUCGGGCCGGGGGUGGCCUUCAUGCUGGGCUCUGCCAUGCUCCGGUUCUACGUGGACAUCGACAAAGUCAGCACAGCUGAGGUGCAGCUCACCAGCAAGGACCCGCGCUGGGUGGGGGCCUGGUGGCUCGGGUUCCUGGUGGCCGCCAGCCUGGUGGCCCUGUGUGCCCUGCCCUACUUCUUCUUCCCGCGGGAAAUGCCGAAAGAGGUGGUGAGAGGGGAGGACAGAGCCAGCAAGAAGAGGGAGGACAUGCUGAGCCAGCUCAGGCCGAGGUCCCAGCACACGGAGAGCCUCUCCCUGGUGGAGUUCAUCAGACGCUUCCCCGUGGUGCUGCUGAGGAACCUGCGGCACCCCGUGUACCUGCUGGUGGUGCUGGCUCAGGUCAACAUCUCUGCCAUGGUUGCUGGAUUAGCAACGUUCAUGGGCAAGUUCCUGGAGAGACAGUUCUCCCUCACAGCCUCCCUGGCCAACAUGAUCAUUGGUGCUGUGAACAUCCCUGGGGCCAUGGUCGGGAUCGUGGUGGGCGGCGCCAUCCUGAAGCGGUUCCAGAUGUCCCUGAGGCAGUGCAGUGCCCUGUGCGUGCUGGGCAUGCUGCUCUGCCUGCUCCUGGCCUUUCCCCUGCUCUUCCUGGGCUGCCCCACGCAGAAGGUGGCGGGUGUCACCCACUGGGACAGCUCUGGCUUUGGCCACCACGACAUGGCGUGCAACGCGCGGUGCCGCUGCCCCGAGCGGGGCUUCAACCCCGUCUGCGGCUCGGACGGCGUGGAGUACACGUCCCCCUGCUCUGCCGGCUGCAGCAGCGUCACCCUACGCCCCGACAGCUCCGUCCUGAACUACAGCGGGUGCAGCUGCGUCGGGGGGCCGGGGCCGGCGGGCGUCGCCAGGCCGGGCACCUGCGGCACCGGCUGCUCCCACCUCUUCGUGCCCUUCGUGGUGCUCUCCUGCCUGGCAGGCAUCCUGGCCAGCACGUCCCACACGCCGUCCUUCAUGCUCAUCCUCAGGAGCAUCCAGCCUGAAGACAAAUCAUUCGCUGUUGGGAUACAGUUCAUGCUGCUGAGAGUUUUAGCGUGGAUGCCGGGCCCGGUGCUGUACGGCAGCGCCAUCGACACCAGCUGCGUGCUGUGGGAGAGGCGGUGCGAGCGCAGGGCUGCCUGCAGAUACUACGACAAUUCCCUCUUCAGGCACAGGUACCUGGGGCUGCAGUUUUUCUUCGAGGCGGGCGCCUUCCUGUGCUUCGGGGCCGUGUAUCUGAUCCUCAGGAAGCAGGAGAGGGAAGCCGGCCGGGCAGAGGAGACGAAGGCAGAGCCAGAGAAGGAGAAGCUGGCAGGGAAGUCCACAAAGAGCCCGGAAUCCAAGGUGUGACAGCGAAGCCUGAGCCGUGGUCGGUGAAUGAGCCCACGCUGUCAGGGGUGGAUGCUCGGAGCGAUGGACCCUGGGGCUGCUUCCUGCUCUCCCGGCUGGGCUGGACUCUUCCUGCAGUGCUGUGGGUCCAUCCACGCGUCGUUCUCCUCCUCGGGGGUGCAGCUUGUUCCCUCACGUGGAUCAGUCCAAGCUCUUGACCCCGUGGACUCUGCAGCCUCCUGGAUUUGUGUCCUUCGAAGCAGUUGUUCCUGCUGACCGUCUCGGUGGUGCCAGCACUGAGCAGUAGCCAUAAACCUCAAGGUUUUUUUUUUUUUAAUAAAUCAUUUUUAAGGAAUGGUUUUGUACUGAA